AUGACCAGCCAUGGUACCUCCAGACAUAGUCGGUACGAACGAUUAUUACGGAAGCACCGGCUAGAAACCCGGGAAGAUAGACAGGAGUCAAUAUUGGAUGUCGGCCGAGCUGGGGAUUUGCAAGACCGAGGGGUGGAAUUGCACCAGAAACGACAAUACCAGCCCAAUCCGUCCACGACAGAAGACCAGCCAGAUACGCAGACUAGUGUCACCGCGGGUGCAGAGUCGAUCGUAACUACAACACAAGUUCCUCAGGAGACCGCAUCUGCCUCUGAGUCCAAUAUUUUAUCCAGUAAUUCGGAUCAACAAACGACUGAGCUACAUACCACUACUAUGUCCGAUGAUGCAUCGACUACGGUGACAGCCGUAACGACGAUAACAACGACAGUCGCAUAUCCUUCAGAUCCCACCACGGGAUCGGGGGUCGACCUGACAACUUCAAUAUCAGAUCACACCGCGGUGGCAGCCACUGCUGAAGACGUAUCAGAUGAACGAUCGACGACAGAGUCGGCUCCUUCAGAGACAUCGACAAUGGCAACGGAGCCCUCAGAGUCCGCAACUGGACCUUCCACAGAGUUGGCUUCCGCAGAUACCUCCACUGUGCCGUUCUCAGAUUCGGAAGAGCCUGCCACCAGUCCAUCAUCAGAGCUGGACACCAUUGACACCUCCACUGUGCCGCUAACCGAUCCCACAGAGUCCGUGACUGCUGUGGCGUCGAUGUCAGCCGCGCUGUCCGAGGCCGUGACCGAGGUUUCUGGCAUUAUUGCUUCCCUUACUUCAGAUAUUGAGAGUCUAUCCGCAUCCACACAACAAAUACUACCGGUUCCCACUUCUGCCGCAUCUCCGGCUACGUCUGUUACUGUUUCUACGUCGGUUCCUAUAAUCAGCCAGCCGUCCGGCUCAAGUGAUACCCCUAUGUUCAGUGGGUCGAGCCCCGAUAUUCCCACUGCUGUGAUAUCUACCCAGACUCCGUCUGGCACCAGCACCGAAAGUAUUAUGGGAGUAGGGUCAGAUGACGGCUCAACCUCUAGCUCCGAAAUUAACACCGAUUCAACAACCACCUCGAUCACCUCUGAUUCUGAUUCAUCCACAAGUACGACAGCCUCGGAGACUUCUGCUUCAAACACCGAUUCACCAUCUCAAGGCGGGUACAGUUGGGGCGGUGGCAGUAGUUCGGACCCUACAGGGACUUCGGACGGCUCAUCCACUUCGUCAGAUAGCGGGUCAAGCUCGCUGAGCCCACAGACCACGGGCAAAAUAGUUGGCGGUGUUGUCGGAGGCGUGGCGGGUGCUUCACUCCUGUUCCUGCUGCUUUGGUUCCUGCUCCGGCGGCGCAGGAAGACUGGAUUCUUCCUCAGUUCGCCCGCCAACAGGUCAAUAGCAGACGAUGGAGGUGCUGGCGGCGGUCUUAUCGGCGCGCCCGCCAGAAGCGAGAUGGCAUCACGUGAUUCAAAUAAGGGCUCAAUAUUCGGCGCGGCAUACUUCGCUCCGGCACUUAUGAAACGCUGGCGACAGUCUCAAGUUUCCACUGGUGAAGAGAGUUUCGUGAGCACGACCCCGAGUAGCGAGCGUGGUUUCCAGAAAAUCUCCGGACGCAAACUCCAAUCUGGUGCGCAGCCGGGGUUCGAUGAUGGCAAUGGAAGCCUGUCGCCAACGGAGUCCGAAAUCAGCGCCACUCUACCGCCUAUCAUCCCUCGAUCGGCCUUUUCGCCAUCGCAACCGCCGCCGUCAAAUCCAUUCAGCAUGCCGCUUGAUACUAGCUAUACGCGCGAAGCCCCGGAGGAGGGCGUUCCUGUGAUGCGACCGUCGCCGGCACGUAUGCCGACAUCUGGUUCGACAAAUGCGGCGACUUGGGCUGAGGCCAGUGCGCGGUCAGUACCCAUGCCUUUCCCUAUGCCACCGUCUGGCCCCAUCGCGAUACCAAAACGUCCGGAUGCGCUCGGACGAAGUCAUCCUAGUUUUGAUGGAAGUCGAGGGAGUCGGUUCACGGAGAGCUUAUGAUCCGAGUAUAUACCUAUCUUGUAAUGUACAUAGUGCUGUGAUAUAGGUAUUCAUC